CCCAAAACAACAUGGCGGCUCUUCCGGAGGCGGUCGAAGGGUAGGGGUGGGUCAGACUGUGGAGCUACCGGAGGCCGUGGGCAUACGGGGUCGGCCAGGGUCUGGGCUCACAUCCGUGCCGAGGAUAGCCCUCCUCCCUAGGAUUAUAAUGCUGCGCUGCUAGGACAUUACACUGGCCGGAGAGAACCAUGAUCCCAAAGGCCAGCCUUUCCAUAUGGGGAUGGGGAAGUCUUGGCGUAGUGCUCUUCCUGAUAACUUUUGGGCCUUUUGCUAUAUUUUAUUUUGCCUUCUAUAUCCUCUGCUUUGUUGGUGGUGGUUUUGUUGUCACGCUUCUGUUUGGGAAAAUAAACUCUGAAAAGUACCUUGAGAGGUGUGAGCACUCCUUUCUACCUCCGAGCUCGGCUGGAAUCCCCCGGUGCUUGGAGGAAAUGAAACGGGAAGCUAAAACCAUCAAAAUUGACAGAAGAGUCACAGGUGCCAAUAUGAUUGAUGAGCCCCUGCAGCAAGUAAUACAGUUUUCCUUGAGGGACUACGUCCAAUAUUGGUAUUACACGCUCAGCGAGGAUGAAUCAUUUCUCCUUGAAAUCAGGCAAACAGUUCAGAAUGCACUUGUUCAAUUUUCCACUCGGUCAAAAGAAGUGGACUGGCAGCCUUAUUUUACCACCCGGUUAGUAGAUGACUUUGCCACGCAUCUCCGAGCAUUCAGGAAAGCUCAGCACAGAAUGGCAGAAUGGAAAGAGGAUCAAAAGAAAGAUGCAGCAGAAGACCUUGUAGAAACGUUUUUCGAGGUCGAAGUUGAAAUGGAAAAAGUUGUCUGCCGAGACCUCAUCUGCACAUCUUCUAAAGAUGAGGAAGGUUUCCUGAAGGAUUUAUGUGAAGUUUUACUGUAUUUAUUGCUACCUCCUGGAGACUUCCAGAAUAAGAUCAUGCGAUACUUUGUGAGGGAAAUCCUUUCACGAGGAAUUCUUCUUCCUUUAAUUAAACAGCUCAGUGAUCCUGAUUAUAUUAAUCAAUAUAUAAUUUGGAUGAUUAAUGAUUCCUAUUGCAACUACGAGGCCUUCAUGAAUGUUAUUAAAUUAAGCAACAAUGCUGGAGAGUUGGAAGCUGUGAGGGACAAAGCUGCUGAAGAACUGCAGUGGCUGCGAUCAUUAGAUACUGUAGGAGCUGAUAUCAACACUAUAAAAAACCAGAUCCACAGUGUACUGUUUGUAAAGAAAGUAUGUGAAACAAGAAUACAGAGGUUGCAGUCGGGAAAAGAAAUUGAUACUGUGAAGUUGGCUGCAAACUUUGGAAAACUUUGCACAGUCCCCCUGGACAAAAUUCUUGUACACAACGUUGCACUACAGUUUUUUCUGGAUUUUAUGCAGCAGACAGGAGGGCAAGCACAUCUCUUCUUCUGGCUUACGGUGGAGGGAUAUCGGGUGACGGCUCAGCAACAGCUUGAGGUGUUGCGUAGUCUGCAACAAGAUGGAAAACAUCAAACCAACCAAACUAAGGGCCUUUUAAGAUCUGCUGCGUUUGGAGUUUUUGAUCAGUAUUUAUCAGAAAAGGCAUCGCCCAGAGUCCAGAUUGAUGAAUAUUUAUUAGCAAAACUGGAGGAAUUGUUAAGCAAUGAAGAACCAACACCAGAGAUCUUUGAUGAGAUUCAGAGAAAGGUAUAUGACAUGAUGCUGCGGGAUGAAAAGUUUUACCCCUCCUUCCGUCACAAUGCUCUCUAUGUUCGGAUGCUUGCAGAGCUGGACAUGUUGAAAGAACCUAGCUUUAAAGGAUCUGAUGAUGGAGAUGGAGAAUCUUUCAACGGAUCACCAACAGGCAGCAUAAAUUUGUCGCUUGACGACCUGUCAAAUGUCAGCACUGAAGAGGUGAUACAGAUCCAUGCUUAUAUUUCUGACACUGGAGUUUGUAAUGAACAUGGCAAAACCUAUGCACUGUACACCAUCACUGUCCAGAGGCGGAGCGCAGAUGGCAUUGUAGACUCUUGGAAUACCUAUCGCCGAUACAGUGACUUUCAUGACUUCCACAUGCGGAUCACUGAACAGUUCGAGAACCUUGUCACUAUCUUGAAGCUGCCAGGAAAAAAGACAUUCAACAAUAUGGAUAAAGAAUUUUUAGAAAAAAGAAAAACUGAUUUGAAUGCAUACUUACAGAUAUUGCUAACUCCUGAGUUGUUAAAAGCCAACCAACAUCUUGCUGUUAUUGUAUUUACUUUUCUUGAAAACAAACCUUACAACAAGGGAAAAGGGGACUUUGCCCGCAAGAUGGACACCUUUGUAAACCCUCUGCGCAAUUCGAUGCGGAAUGUUUCCAAUGUUGUGAAAUCUUUUCCUGACAGCUUGGCAGAAGGCAUGAAUAAGAUGUCUGAUAAUAUGGGCAAAAUGUCAGAAAGACUGGGACAAGAUAUAAAGCAAUCAUUAUUUAAGGCUCCAAUUAUUGUACCGAAAGCAGAUUCAGAUCCUCAGCAUUGUCGAGUGUCUGCACAGUUGGAUGACAAUGAUGAUGACAAUAUUCCGUUACGAGUGAUGCUGUUACUCAUGGAUGAAGUCUUUGACCUGAAAGAAAGAAAUCAGUGGUUAAAAAGACAGAUUACCAGUCUCCUUCAACAGCUCAUCAAGGCAACAUAUGGAGACACAAUUAAUCGAAAAAUUGUUGAUCACGUGGAGGCCAUGACAUCUCCUGAUCAAGUAGCGGAUUAUGUGAAGAAUUUCAGAGACUCCUUUUGGCCGAACGGAAUAUUGGCAGAAACCACCGCCUUCCGAGACCGCAGUAUACGAAUGCGCACUAGAGUGGCAGGAAAAACAAAGCUGCUGGAAAUUAUGCCAGAUGAACUGAAGCACAUCAUUGGGGCAGAGACAACGCGGAAGGGCAUCCUUCGUGUCUUUGAAAUGUUUCAGGACAGCCAACUAAACAGGAGACUUGUAUAUGUGUUUUUGGAAGGCUUCCUGGAAACAUUAUUUUCACAAUGUAAAUUCAGAGAGCUUUUUAACAAACUGCAUUCCAGGUCGGAGAGAAUGCAGCAAUAUAGACAGAGACCGCAAUCUUCUCAUGCACCUGCCUUACAGAAAAGGUGACACUCCAACCUUUCUAGUUGUGCCCUGAAGACUCUGCAGUGUUUUAUCCUGGAAUUGCUGAACGGCGUUUUGGGGAUACUCUCUGAGGCUUGAAAAAACGACGUUUCCACACCAUUCAUAUCAUGUCUUGUAGAUUAUGAAUUCAUCCACAAGCUGCAUAGCUCUAAUCAUUCUUCCUACUGUUCAAGCAUUCAUCAGUUGGAAUAAGUCUUAACCCACAGAAAAUAAGGACCGCUGCUACCGGAUUUGUCAGGGAAAUGCUUGAUGGAAAAGCUUGAGAUUCCAGUGAUUUGGGAAAAGUGCUAGCUGUAUUUUUCUACAUAUUCUUCAAGCACAAAUGCAUUGCUAUAAUGGAGGAUCAAAUGAGUUGGUGUUGUAAAUGGAUAUUUGUGCAAUGGGCAACACUAUUGUGGUGUGAGUGAAUGCUUGAAAGGUUGCGAUUAAUGUUCCCAUGUAGCAGAAACGUGGAGAUUCAGUGAAUGGUAAUCAAGUAAGGGGAGGGAUCUCAUUAGGUGAUGAGGCUGUUGCCUGUGAUUCCUGAACCUAGGAUUGGUCAGCAGGCAGUGAGUACAAGCUAUAACAGACAAGUUAUGUACCAUUUGUUCAGAUGUCUAGUUUUUACAUUUUAAAUCAGGUUUUUCAUUUACAAUCAGUCUGGCGAUUUCUGUUUGACUAUAGACUAAUAUGCUGGUUGGCUUUAAAAGGGGGAGCUAUCCUUUGAUCACACUUUUGCCUGACUUAUUGCUCCCCUGUGACUGUGAGCUUUAUAAAUACCAUUCAUUUGGGGCCUACAACAGUA